AUGGGUCACCUCAAACACCAAGGACUUGAUCAUAAACCCGAGACACAGCCCAGUGAACAUCUGGGAUUACUCCAACAGGGGCAGAUCACCCAGCAUGGGUUCUUUGGUAAUCAACACCCCCAGCUCUUAAAUCAACAUCCUUCAAAUCAGAGCCAGCAACAUCCUCCUAACCCCAUUUUCCAGCAGCCUUCAAAUCCACAACAUCGAAAUAAUCCCAAGCCUCCCCAAGAGAACAACCCACCUCCAGUGCGUGGACUAUCACUUCCAACAGGACCAACGUAUGAUCCAGUGGACGAAGAAGAUCUGAAACGGGAGACAUCUUAUCAACAAGGAUUACGUUUAAGGAUUGAGGAUCGAAACAGGCGAACACAGCAGACGACUAUUCCUGACAUCCCAGUCAACACAGAUCGAUUUCCACAUCAGUAUGAUCCACAAGAUUAUGUGCAAGAUUCGCUUGACGAUGAACCCAGCGAUGAUAUGGCUCAGAGUUUUAGCGGCGGGUUUGUCAACGACUCGCUAAACAUGUACAGCUUGCAACAGCUACAGCAACAGCAGCAGCAGCAGCAGUACCGGCAUCAGUCUGUAAACCCUUUCAGAAAUCCACCACCACCACUACCUCCGAACUUCGCAUCGCUCAGCGCCAACAACCACAACUUUCCUGAACAUCGAAGCAGCCGUUUAGACAAUGUCAACUUUGACAGUGAGGAUUAUACAGACCCUGUGGAUAUUCGGCAGCAGCGGGUGAAUCCACAAAUAAGACCUCGAUUUUAUAAUCCACAGUUUGAUCACGAACAGGAGGUGGUGAAUUAUGGGGAGUACUUCGAUGAGGACCCAAAUUCGGACCGCAAUGUUGGCAACACUGCUUAUGAUGUACACCAACGAUAUGAAGACAGAGAAGAAGAACAAGAUGUUGAGCAGCCGAUGGAGGCUGUACAGCCCAAACCGUCAAAGUAUGAUUAUGUCACAAGUAACAAAGAAAACCUUGGCAAGCCACCUCCAAGAAGCUACAUAAAAAUUCUGGAGACGACCAGAGAAGAAAAGGAGCGUCUGCAAGAGGUUUUCAUUCAGCCCAAACGUAAACCUAAAGAAGGGAAUGCUAAGAAACACAGUCAAGAUCAAGGUGCCGACAGAGCAGAUGUUCUCAACUGUCAGCCAGAGAACGAUGAGAAUCUGACGGCAGCAGAGCAGGUGUGGGCUCAGAGAUCUUCCACGCUGGCCAAGAAAGUUGAUGGGGGCGGCAACCGAGGCAGGCGCCGAGGGCCUGGCGGUCUGCACAAGUUCAACAGUGAUUCCUCUUUGAGCCAGACAUCCAUUCCCCAUAGAAAACAGUCCUUUCAGACUACCCCUCAACAACAGCAACAUCAUCAGCAGCACCAGCAACAACAGCAGCACCAGCAACAACAACCACACCGACCGCAGCAGCAGAGACUACUGCCACCAAAACCAGACACAAGGGCUUUCCUGACAGAGAUGCCGACACCGCUCAGCGGCUCAAGCGUCAACAGUCAGGCGGCCCCACCACACAACACCACACCCCAACACCAGACAGAGCUGACGGUCCAGCCAAUCGUCCAGCAUCUACUCACACAAGAUGGACAACGGAUAAGUGUGGAUGUCAAUCUUAAGUUAAUCUCCCCUCCUUCUUUCGGCGAGCCUCAGCAUCACUACCAGUACCAACAACAGCCACAACAGUAUCCACCACCACCACAGCACCCACCACCACAGCAUCCACCCCUGCAGCAUCCAGCUCCACAGUAUCCACAACCACAGUUUUACAGGGGCCACGGGAGACAGUAUCCAGCUGCAGUAACCAACUAUGAUGACAGCGGUGGUCAGCAAACCACAAGUGGGAUGCCAGCGCUGGAAUACCCGCUACAGGAGUUUUACGACAGUGACAGCAAUGACUACAGACAUGGCUCUCCAAGGGAAAGGUACUCUGCAGAUGAGGCACUCCGGCUUCUCAGCGAGUCUCGCACAGAUUUGAACCCCUAUGGGAAAAUCCCGCCCAUAGGUAGAAGUCAAGGAGGUGACCAUCCUUCUUCUGCUCCAGCACCCGACCAGGCUGGCAGUUAUAUGGACAUGUACAUGAAGCAAAAGGUCAAGGACAGUGAUCGACCCUGGUAUAAAGUUUACGGGCUGAACGACUAUCGCAGAAUGCAGAAGGAAGUUCGGUUAGGCACUCUGGGGCCAGACCUGGAUAGUGAUGCCGUCAAGGAACGGCGAGAGAAGGUGAUGAGACAGCAGGAUUAUGCCAAAACAGUGAUGCAGAAAAACAGAAGUCAGCUUGCCCACAAGAAACCACCAUCUUUCCCUCGCCCCAAAGAAGAAAAUGACAUUCUCCGCCGAAGAAAAUUAGCAAUAGAGUAUGCAAAGUCUGUUCCGAAACCAACAGUGAGGGUACAGCCUAAUGAGUUCAACAACUAUGAACUGGCAUCAGAGAAAUCCCCGAUUGCCAAACACCACGGACGGGACGCUGCAGCAGAGGGACACAACCACCUCUCUCCUCGGCAACCACCAAAGAAAGGCAGGGAAAUGGAUAUAAUAGAUCUGGAGAAGCUGCGGCAGCGAUACGAAGAAGACAAAAUGAAUGAAGCAAUUAUUAGAAGGAACACACAUUCUUUCAAUAAAGAGAGAGACUACUGA